UUGCAAUUCAGAGCAAUUCAGAGAGAGAGGAUGGAGAAGCAGUUAAGUAGCCUUAGAGGAAGUAGUACUUGUAUUGUUCAGAAGAUUAUGAUAAAUAUGGAACUUGUAGUAGUACUGCUAAUGGCCUCUAAUUUUAAUGGAGCUUUUGCAGCUAACUGGCAACGUGCUCAUGCUACAUUUUAUGGUGGAGGUGAUGCCUCGGGAACCAUGGGGGGUGCAUGUGGUUACAGGAAUCUAUACAACGAUGGUUACGGAACCAAAACUGCUGCUCUGAGCACAGCACUCUUCAACGGUGGCAAGACAUGUGGUGCUUGUUAUCAGAUCGUCUGUGACGCCUCUCAGGCACCCAAGAAUUGUAAAAGGGGAACCUCUAUUACCAUAACUGCGACUAAUUUCUGUCCACCAAACUACGCUCUCCCAAAUAAUAAUGGUGGUUGGUGCAAUCCACCACUAAAGCAUUUCGACAUGGCUCAACCUGCCUAUGAAAAGAUUGCCAUUUAUAGAGCAGGAAUCGUUCCUGUCCGUUUUAGGAAGGUUAAGUGCACAAGAAGGGGAGGAAUGAGAUUUACAAUAAAUGGCAGGAACUACUUUGAACUGGUGGUGAUCAGCAACGUAGCCGGAGCAGGUGACAUAUCCAAAGUGUGGAUCAAAGGAACAAAAAACAAGUACACAUGGAUUCCCAUGACAAGGAAUUGGGGUGCAAACUGGCAGAGCCUUACUUAUCUCACUGGGCAGACCUUAUCCUUCAAAAUCCAAACCAGCAAUGGUAGAGUCCGCAUAGCGUAUGAUGUUGCUCCUUCUAAUUGGAGGUUCGGACAGACCUUUUCCAGCAAUGUGCAGUUCUAAAUUUCUGGAGAUCUUUUAUGCAUCUUGUCUUGAACUCUUUGUAUUAUCAAAAAGAGUAUUAUAAAUGUUGUAAUAAUGGUAUAGAUUCCUUAGGUUGUGGCUAAUUAUAUUUUAGCGCCCACCUGGCUAGUUAGUAAACAUAAGAUUAGAUAACUCAAUAAGUUAAGAGGAUGGCGAGUAUGGAAAUGUUUGUAGCUGCAAAUACUUCUCCUCCUGCACCUGCAGCAUCAGUAAACAGCAAAACCACCAGAAGGAGGUUCCAUAGGGUAGGAUGAACGACAGAAAGCUGAACUGGAACUACGAUACUGAGGAAAAUAAUAAUGAAUACCGCAAUAAACUUUCCGGGGUCAUCAAGAAGAACUGAUGGUACCUAACAGCUACACCAACAUUGUUUCGGAAGAAGGAAAAAAACAUGUAAUGAGUAGAGAAGCUUAAUUGCAAUUGUAUGACCCACUUGGUCUAGAAUCAUUUUAUAAAUUAAUGGAAUAUGGGC